AUGGGAGUUCCAGCUUUCUUUCGGUGGCUCACCAAGAAGUAUCCUUCCAUAAUCGUCAAUGCCAACGAGGAACGGCAACGUGGGCCUGACGGAAAAAAGAUUCCUAUAGACUGCACGCAACCAAACCCAAAUUUUCAAGUGCGUUUUUUAAACGCAUUAUUUGAUUUUGAGAAAAAUUUAGGAGUUUGACAAUUUGUAUUUGGAUAUGAAUGGAAUUAUUCAUCCUUGCACACAUCCUGAAGAUCGCCCAGCCCCAAAAAAUGAAGACGAAAUGUUUGUUAGUGAAGAAUUUUUCACGAAAUUCUGAUAAUCGUGUUUCUUGAGGCGCUUAUCUUCGAGUAUAUCGACAGAAUAUUCUCUAUCGUCCGACCUCGACGAGUAGAUCCUAAUUUUUUUCCCACUCAAAAUAAAAAAAAAAAUUGUAGCUUUUAUACAUGGCUAUCGAUGGUGUGGCUCCCAGAGCAAAAAUGAAUCAGCAGAGAAGUCGUCGCUUUCGGGCGAGUAAAGAAGCAGCAGAGAAAGAAGAAAGUAUCGAAGCGGUAUGCCGUUAACGAGUAGAAAAUAAAAGCUCAUCGCGGCUUUCUCAGCAACGAAAUCGCUUAUUGAAUGAAGGAAUAGCAUUGCCGCCCCGAAAAGAGAAAGAAGAACAUUUCGACAGUAACUGCAUCACUCCCGGAACGCCUUUCAUGGCCAGGUUUUAUUCUCGUCCCGAAAUAAAAUCUCAGUCCUGCUUGCAGAUUAGCAGACGCUUUGAAAUACUACAUCCAUGAUCGCAUAACGAAUGACGCAGCGUGGGCGAAAAUCGAGGUAUUUUAGAGUAUUUUCACACUGACACGUGAGCCGAUAUUACAUUGUAAAUUGAAGGUAAUCCUCUCCGACGCGAAUGUCCCAGGUGAAGGAGAACAUAAAAUUAUGGACUUCGUUCGAAAGCAAAGAUCGAAUCCGGCUCACGACCCCGACACGGUACAUUGUCUUUGCGGCGCCGACGCCGAUCUCAUCAUGCUUGGUCUCGCGACGCAUGAAGCCAACUUCAAUAUUAUCAGGUUAGCGUGAACAUUCUUCUUGUGAGUUGAACAAAUGGCGCUCAAACUUUUUUGAAAUCAUUUUAAAACUUCUUUUGCACCUAGAAUUAAUUUAUUUUAGAGAAUUUUUUUAAAAAUGGCUUGAGACUGCUGAGUUUUUCAUGAAAGAAAAUAUAAAGUUUCGUUCAGAGAGGAGUUCGUUCCUAAUCAGCCGCGAGCUUGUGAACUAUGUGGGCAAUACGGACACGAACUAAAAGAAUGCAGAGGGUAGGCGUUUAUUACGCAUUUUUCAUGUUUUUAGCUUUUAAUUUAAGAAUGGAAAACGAUGCGGAUCGUGGCGAGGAUUACGUAGAGCCGGAGCAUCGUGAAAAGAAUUUCAUCUUUCUACGCAUUCCGGUGCUUCGAGAAUAUCUCGAAAAAGACUUGGCGAUGCCUAACUUGCCCUUCAAAUUCAAUUUUGAACGCGUGAUUGAUGACUGGGUGUUGUCGUUGUCUCAUAUUAGCAUAAUCCUUGUUUUGAAGGUGUUCCUCUGCUUCUUCGUUGGAAAUGACUUUUUACCUCAUUUACCGUCUUUGGAGAUUCGCGAAGGCGCUAUUGAUCGUCUAAUAAAACUUUACAAAGAGAUGGUUUAUCAAAUCAAGGGGUUUAAAAGAAACUUUUUCAAAUAGUAUUCUGAAUCUUCACAGGUACUUGACAAAAGACGGAGACGUCGAGUUGGAACGUGUGCAAAUGAUUAUGUGCGGCUUGGGAGAAGUCGAAGAUGAAAUUUUCAAGAGGAGACAGGUUGAGCAAAUUAUUUUUAACCGCGACAAAAUUAAUAUAAAGUUAUGUAGAAUUGUUUCGGGUAUAUCUAUUUUUAACAUAGUAUGUGGUUUUCAACGUUAGUCGGCAGUCGUGACAUUUAUCUGAAGAAUCACAUUAGUAGUAGCUUUUAUCGGCUUGAAACACGGUCUGAAAAAAAUUUAUUAUUAAAGUAUGAAAAGCAAAAAAAUCUUGGAGUUUUCUGCUGUUAUUCUAACCGCUUUUUUUAGUUUUUGCACGACUUUGGCUGAUGACUUCUUGAUGUACUAGAAAAAGAUUCUGAGAGUUUUAAUCAACAGAGACCGAAGAUGCUUUGAAGUUAUAGAAAAUCAUUGAAAUACGUUUAAAAAAAGAUUUAUUCAGACUUCCAGGCAUUAUUCCUCAAAAAUUAAGAAUUUUCGCAACUUGAACCUUUCAGAACUUUCAUCUGGUAGAUCAAAAUAAAAUAUUCUGGCCAAUUUUCAGGGAAUCCCCAAUAACAAAUAAAAAGGACCUUUCUUGUAAGAUCCUAAUCCGAGUGAAUUCACAGUUUGAAUGUAAAACAGAAGCACAGUUUUCGAGAAGAUUAAUGCUACUUUUGUCGAGUUUUUUUUCUUUUCGGUAAAAAAAAUAAUUGAAAUCGCUAUUUUUAGCAAGACGAAGAGCGUUUCAAAGCGAUCCAGAGAAACAAAAAAAUGCGGAUGAACAAUGGAAGAGGGCGUCGAGGAGCUCCUGCAUACGUCCCGCAACGUGGUUCAAUCAUCGCUCCUUUGAGUCGUCCAACACCCAUGAGCGGCUCCGACACGCGCAGUCUUGCCGCCGAUGCUCGUGUUCAGGUUCUCGACAUCGUCUCACCGUUUCUGAUCGGCGGUUUUUCAGGCGAUGAAUUUCUCACAAAAUGAGGAGGCUGCGCAACGUUUGAAAAUGAUGUUGAAAGGAGAAGGAAAUGGCAACGCCUCGGCUCCUGCUCGCGGUCCUGUGGGACCAUCGAAUCCUCGAAAACGACAUGCAGAUGUAAUCAAGAAACUGACUUGUUGAUAAUCGAAAAAUUUCUAGGAACCGGUUGCGGCGAUUGAAGAUGAAGACGAGGGGCCUCCGGACGAGAUUCGUCUCUUCGAGAGUGGCUGGAAAGAUCGUUACUAUAAGUAUGUUUUUUUCCCUUUUAUUCUAUUUACGACGAUAUUUUCCAUUUUGAAAACGUGUAUGGAGUCAGCCGGCGAAGUCCUAUUAAAUCCCAGUUUUUGUGUAAAAUCGAUGUCCAUUACUCAGGAUUUCUAGUACAAUAUAAUUAAUUUUUUGCCAUUCAACACUAAAAAAGUACUGAUCAUGUCUAAAUUUUUAAUUUGAGAGCGAAGUUUGACGUGAGCGGCGACGAUGUUGAAUUUCGUCACACGGUGGCUUGGGCCUAUGUCGAAGGACUUUGUUGGGUUCUUCGUUAUUAUUACCAGGUGAAGAAUCAGAAAAAAAGUCUCUAACAGUUGACUGAUUUCAGGGCUGCGCUAGCUGGGACUGGUAUUUCCCGUACCAUUAUGCGCCGUUUGCCAGCGACUUCGACACUGUCGGAUCGUUUGUUCCUACUUUUGACAGCCGCAAAACGAAGCCUUUCAAGCCUCUGGAGCAGUUGAUGAGCGUAUUCCCCGCUGCUAGCAAGUGAAUAGAUUUGCUCAUUCAAUCGGUUGAAGACAAUUUUAUAGGCAACACUUGCCUACAGAGUGGCAGAAGUUGAUGACUGAGGACGACUCACCUAUUAUUGACCUUUACCCUGUCGAUUUCCGAAUCGAUUUGAAUGGAAAAAAGUAUGCUUGGCAGGUUUUCUUUCAUCAAUUACCUCCAGGAUCACACAUACUUGUUUAGGGUGUCGCACUUCUUCCGUUUGUCGAUGAGAAACGACUUUUGGAAACGUUAAAAUCAGUGUACGCAAGUCUUACUAACGAGGAAAAUGAGCGGAAUACAACUGGACCUAACAGAAUUUUUAUUGGAAGAAAUCAUCCCGCUUUUGACUUUUUCCGACAAACUUAUGAGAGUGAAAACGGUUUUGACGCGUUCUUUGGCCAUUUAUUAUAUUUUCGGCUUCUUAGGUGGGAAGAUUGACCUCGAUUCAAAACUGCUGUACGGCUUGAGUGGAAAGGUUAGCCGCGACCAGACGGUUGUCAUGCCUGGGGAGCCGUUCCCCUCACCUGUCAGCCACGAGAGUUGCCAAGAUCUGCCGGUGCGCCACAUUUCUCAGCACGAAGAACCUUGAUGAGUUUAGGUUAACUGUGCGAUUAUGGUUAUUUAUGAAGAUCCUGAGUAUCCGGAAGGCUUUAAGUUCCCUGCUGUGCGCCUUGAGAAAGCCAAAGAGUUGGAACGCACUUUGAAACCUGGCGACUGGAACGAAAGAAGAGUGAAUUUUUCUUUUCACAUUAUGUUUGCACGUGAACCGUCAGUCUGCACCGGGGCGAAAAAAUGCUCAAUCCUUUUUUUUAAUUGGCACUAUCUUGGAAAAAAAAACUUUCAAUUUGAAACAACAUUUUUAACGCAAAUUGUGCGUUGCUUUUUCGCUUUCGAUCUACGUUACAAAUGCAGAUUUCCAUACUACAAAAUUUUAAAAUUUUUUCAAACCUAGUGUACUCUCUAGAAAUUGAAAGUUGAAGGAUGGGCAAUACCGGCCGAUGAUUGGGUUCUCACGCGAUACGCCGCGGGCUCAAAUUGAUAAUUCUGGCCACCGUCACUUCGAGCACCACGUCCGACAGUCCAUUCCUCAGUCGAACCAAGGUACCGACGUGCAAUAAAACAAUUACAUUUCUUGUGUCCAGUUGCGUUCUUUUGUGCUAUUUGCAGAAUAACGGUUAUAGAGCGAUAACCAAAAUCUCUGACAGAUUAAUUGUUUGAAAAAAAAACAAGUACAGUGGAAAAACGCAGCUGAGAAGGAUAAGCGGCGGAGAUUUCGUCGUCUUUUAACAUAUUCGUGCGUUCUGUUAUUAAUUGCUGAAGUUUUUGACGUGAAAAGCUGAACUUUGAGCCGACCUUUUUGAAAAAAAUAAAAUAUUGAGCGUUUUUAUGAAAAAAGGUUGUUUAGGAAUAAAUUCCGGUCAUGGAGGGGGAUAUCAAGGAGGCUACGGAAGUCAUCGCGGCAGCUACGGUAACGAUCGCCAUCAUGGCGGCUACAACAACAGAAAUGACUACCAGCAGCAGCCGCAACGCGGCGGCUACAACAGCUAUAACGGCCGCGGUGGAGGUGAUGCCACACGAAAAAACGUCACUGACUCUCGGAUGGUGUUACAGGAAGCUACCGUGGAGGAGGCGGCUACAAUUCGUCAAGAGGCGGCAACGAGCAAAGCCGCGGCGGAUAUCAAGGCGGCUUCCAGGGUCAUCGAAGAUCUAACGACAACCAUCGCGGAAGCGCUGGCGGCUAUAACUCUUGGCGAUAAUUCCUUUCUGUUUUUCUUCCCAGUUCUCAAAUGUAUUGUUGGCUUGUUUCAAAUCAAGAGAGAUCCCUACCAUUUUUUGUUCCAAAUUGCACUUUGAUCCUUGUUAUGAUAUCUCUGUUGUAAUGUCUGUUGACGACUGUAUGAUCAUUGUUACUGUAAUAACAUAUAAAUAAAACUUCUCUGUGCGAAAAUUUAUUUUUAUAGAAAUGUAAUCUCGAAAGGUGUCGUGAGCGGCUUUCUGAAAGUGCUUCAGCAGAAGUCGUUCAGAAUUCAAUAUCCACUCGAACACUCUUUAGCAUAUUUUUUCCGUGUUUGAACCAGGAAAAUAAGUUAGUUCUAUCAUAAUUCACCUGAAUUCUACUUAUGUUAGAAAACGUAAAAAAUUAAAUUAUAUUUUUUGAACGAUCAAAAUGUCAACUUUUUUUCAUUCUCUAUACUUCUUUUACUUCUUUCUUUGCACUUCAGUGUGAAAUCCCCUCGAAAUUAACUUAAAACAAUAGGGAGAUGUUUCUGGGAGGGUUGUCGUGCCGAGAAUCUGGAAUGCGAUUCUAGUUUCCGGGUCCCUCGUUCUUUAUUCCGCUUUUUGAAGUUUCAUUCUCAACUAAAAAUAUAAGCAUCAGAAACUCUUCCUUUUUCAAUUUUCAAUCAAUCCCUAGUUUCAGAUUGAUACAGAACUUUUUUGAAAAAAAAAAGACCCAGUGAGAAAGAAUUUUGAAGGUAUUCGUUAAAAAGACGCGGCACUCCACACGAGCCGUGUUAAUGCGAUUGCAACGAGAACUGUCGACUGGGAAUCGGCCUCUCAUGCAGAAGAACACGGAAACAAACCUUCACCUAGUUGGCGCGUGAGUUCGUUCUAACCAAUGGAAAAGGGGGCGUAUAAAUGAGCCGCCGAGAUGGUUCGAAUCAUCCAGGGGACCUUAAAGGCAUAGGGGCAGUAAAAAAUGGGGUUUCAGGUGAAAGCAGCAUCUUAUAUAGUUUUUUAUUGCGAAUCGAAUGGUGUACUCAAAAAAAUUACAGGUGUGACAACUUUAGAAGAAAAACGCGAUUUCACUUUCCCGCCUUUAAUUUUGAAAAAAGCUUUGGAUCGGUAUGCAGACAACUGUUUACAGUAGCCGUGCACGCGAUGUUGCGGACGUCUCAUUAGACUCGCAUUUUGUGUGAAAUAACCGGCUAUCUGCUUCAAAUUAAGGGUUUCUUCUCUGAAAAAUUGAUUAAGAAAACCGAAAACACACAGUGAUAUUAAAGAAAACACAAAUAAUCGCUAUCCCAAUCGAAACCUGUGUAAAAUCAUCAUUUUUCACCAGAAAAGCUUUUUUGCGAUCAAAGUUUGCAAAUUAUACAUGAAUCGAAGGCUUUGGUGACGAAAAAAACUCUGGUGACAACAGAAAAAAAAUUGAAAAUUAAAAGAAACGAAGAAAAAAGCGAAAAUCCGGAAGAUGGCGAACCCUGUUGUCCAUAGAGCAACUUUACUGCAAGGCGCCUUUUUCGCGGGAACUCAAGCUUUCUUUUCUCCGACUUUGAAUUAUUUUUUCUCCAAAACUAGGAAUUUCUGUACGUUUCCAAGUUCACCGUUCGAUUUGCAAUGAAAAGCUCUACAAAAUACUGCUUUGAACUGAAACACCGUUUUUUACUGCCCCUAUGCCUUUAACCUCCUGAACUGACUAUCCUUACUUUCGACCAUUCUCUCUCUUUCAAAAAAAAAGUUGUUGCCCUUUUUCCCGGUGGCCUGCCUUUUGCCUUUUCAUCUGCUGAGAGUCCAUUUGAAUCCGAUUAAGAGCACUUGGAACGAUUAGGGGACUCAUUUCCAUGGUUGUUUCGCAGCCGGAAGGUCCUUCGAUUUCAAAAAACUAAGAUUCUCAAUCACAACAAGUGGACAUGAAAAGUUAGUCUUUUAUUUGUUCAGAAGAAAAGAAAACUUUUUCAACCUUUCGAAGAUUUUAUGAAAAAAAGUCUUGGAAAAAUUUUCAAAGCUAUAACUAAAAAAGACCUCUCCUAUUAGUUAAUAACAAGUGUGUGAUUUGAAACAAGUUACGCGGUUUCUAGAGCUCUACCGAUAGAGAAUGCUCGGAAAGUAUGGGUGGGCGGUCGACGAAGGCCACGCCUCCUCGGUCGCCAUCAUUUUUCCGAGGCUUCGCGAGGACCGCCGCUCCUUCCGUCGAAGGACUCUCGGACUCCAGUGGCUCGAUGACUUCCGUGUCAGCUCCAGGUAUCUUUCUUCUCAUUAAUACCUCAGAUUAUUGUUUUUAUCAAGUCAUAUCUAUCGCCCAAAAGAUCUCUGAGAACUCUUGACGCAAAGAUUAGAUUUUCUACCGCGAUAACUGAAGUCUGGGAAUUAAUUUUACGGUAAUCUUUGAAUUUUAUAUUGGUUCACUGAAAGAAGUGGGUGGGUCAUUUGAGAAUAUAGAAAUGGCUUCAAAAUUCUUAUUUCUUUUCCAAUUCGUGUCAUUUUUUGUCUCUUGUUAAUAUUAGUAUUCAUUGGUAUAGACUAGCUUGGUUGUUGAAAAAAUCAGAACUGCGCAGUUUUCAUCAUACUAUCAGUAAUUGUGAGAAAGACGAAAAAUUGGAGACCAAGGUCAUUUUUCACCUCUCGGAAAUGUCUUCAAUUUUACUGCGAGCUGAAAGUUUUCACUUUCUGAAAGAUCUUAAAUACAAUACGGAGUCUCCAAUGUAAACUUCUCACUCGAAAACGCAGAAAAUGUUGUUUCUUGAAUUUCGAUGAUGGAAAUCGCGUCCAACCGACUUGAAUUGUUUAUCUUAUAAAUUUGCUUGGCUUAGGCUGGAAAAAACGAACGGAGAAUUGGAAAAAAAAAAAUCCGAAAAAUUUUAUUUUAUUCCCAAGGUCUUUUGCCCAUGAAAUGUUUUUUUAAAAAGAAAUUAAAAAAAUUUAGUUAAUCAUCUUUUUUUCAGUUUCUUAAAUUCACAGCCUUCAAGAGGAAUGAAUGAAGCAAGAAUAAAACUCAUUGGCUUAAUUUUUGCAAAAAGUGUUUCAGGCGAUAAUAGCUUUGAUCUAUCUCUCUCUCUAAUGUUUAAAAAUUUCGAUAAACUAAAACUUUAAAUCAGAAUAAUAAAGUUUUAUGUUCAGUCCAUUCUCGGGCUCCGACGUUAGUCGGAUAUUUUGUAACGACAAAUAAUUUAGUUCUUUGUGAGGUAUCGGCUAAGCUCGAAUAUUCUCCUAAUUGUUGGACGCAUCUGCGACUUUCACGGUUUCGCUGCUCCGCACAGUUACUUUGAAGGCGGUCAGUACUGACCGAAGUCUGCUGCAAAUGAGUCUGGAGAAGGGAAAGCGGAUCGGCGUCAUGGUGGGCAUCGGGCCGAAUGUUUGUGUCCUGGCAUCUGGAAAUUGUCAGCAGGUCGUGAUCAGAUGAAAGGGAAGACGAAAACGAGUUGGCGGUCGAUGGCACGACCCUCACGUCUUCGCGGUUUGCCUUGCCGACGUCUCCAAAACACCCGUGUUCCUUCCGAAAGUGACCAUCAUCUGUUGUCUCAGCUCCCUUUUCAGUUCUUCACUCUCUUUCUCCCAUUCCAAGAAUUUAGAAUUAAAUAGUUUCCAAGCUUCGAUUAUUUAUAAAAUAUAACACCGGCUUCCGGACACCCAAAUGUCGCUCACUUCACCUUGACGUUUUCACCUUGAUAACUUUUGAAGUUCAUCAUUUUACGGCUCAAAAAGUACAAUGGAGUUGAGAAUUAGAGCGGAAAUGUCACUUGGUCCUAGCGAUUUUUAAAAGAGCAUUAGAAGAAGAACUCCGAGGUCAAAGGGCUCUUUGUUUGAAAGUUCCAUCCUUAUUCAUGGGUAAAAUUUUUGCAGAAUAAAUGCUCUCCAAACAGAAAUUGGAACUGAAUAACUUCACAUUUCCAUUUUGGAGCUAGUAAAUAGCUGGCCAUUCUAUUCAAGAUUUAACUACAACUUAUAAAGCUUCAGUGGGUGGACCUUGCAAAAAUAUCGAAUGACAAAAAUUGGUUAUUUUUAAUACAUGAGACGAUGAAUUUGUUGAUUUUGCUCUUUUUCAACGUUUAACAUUGGCGAAUAACUUUCUGCUGUUUUCUCCAAACUUGGAUUUUUAAACACGUUUUUUCUUCUUCAGGCUAUUUGUCGAUUGGAAAAAGAAAAUAAUAGAAUUGUAAGUGCACUUAUAGUCGAAAAAAUAUCAUCGGACGCAGUAUUCUGUUCUUUUUCCUUGCACUUCUGCCCCAGGGCUUUCGGCUAAGAAAAACAUGUUUGCUGAGAUCACUUUUUAGAUGUCCGCCGAGCAGUCCACUUGUAUGGUCGGCUCUUUUUUGUCAGCUUCUCUUUUCUUCACUUUUCCAAUUCCUUUCUUGUGCACCUGGUUCCUCUAGCUAUAUCAAUCUCAAAAAAGGCUUUCUGUUCAACUUUUUCUCUCCCUGUUUUUGAAAAAAAAAACUAGCGCUUCUGUAUUUCGCCCUCUACUUGAUCGGAACAUAAAGUAGUUAACUUAGAUGAAGGCCAACUUUUUGGUUUUAUUAGCGUUUGCAGAAAGGCCGGACAAAAAGUAGGCACGAUAACUGACCUGACAGAGCGAAAAACUCAUUUCGGCCAAUGAAGGUCGAACGAACGUCGCCUCCAAUCGAAUUCUGCUUCUCACCUUCAGAACCCCCGCUAUUGAGACUCAAUCAGCUUCAAAAGGUGGAAAAAGAUACUUUUUCAAUUUUAUGAAACCUUUUAUACCUUUUAUGUCACGAAAGAAUCGUAGCUAGUUUCAAUUUGGUCUAUAUAGAUUCAUUGAUCAUUUGUAUUCACAAAAUAUAAUUUUUAAAAUGUAUCUUGUAAUAGUUAUUUUUCUUCGGUCCGUACAGAAGACACUCUUUGAAAUAGAUUGAGAAAAAGACAGCAAACUAUCCUUGUUUUAUUGUUUUUCCUGAAGAUUAGAAGGUGCCCAUAAUUCUAUUCACUAGAACGUCUUUUGCUGCUGUGUACUCCUCGUGCUGAAGAAGAAGAACGCCUUUUCGACGUCUUUUCAGACGUUUUUCCAUCAAAUUCUUCUCCCAUACUGUUUGAAUUGCUUCGUUUCGUGGACGUUCCAGGCAUUCUUGGAAAACCAGCAGAAAACCGUCCAUUCUUCCUAUUCUGUCGGAGCGCCGUCGAAAAUUGCCUCAUUUUCAGUCUGAAAAUUUGAUAUUGGCUCUUAUGGAGUGGCGACCGUCGCUGUCCGCCUUGUUUCUUUCUUUCUCUCCUCCUAAAUAAUAUUCUUCGAGUUCUUCGGCGAAAAAAGUAACAUUUCUUCACGUCACUUGAUCUUUCGAACUUGUAAAUCUCUUCGUUAUUUUUUCAUUUAUUCAGUGUGGCUUGACUUUCUUGUCGUCAACAUUUUCCUGCUCUAAAGCUGUUAUUUUGUGCCUAGGUCUUUUAUUAACAUCGCUAGGCGAAAUCAAAGACAUCUUUAUCUAGCGACAAGUUGAUAAAAUGAAAUAUUGAAACUCUUCUUUUGAUUUAUUUUUUAGAUAAUUCAUUUUUUCUAACCUUAUCCGAGAAGUUCAACUAAAACCAGACCCGAAAACCUGACUGAUUUUGGAGAAAAAGUUCUUCGACCUGCGACUGAUGACCGCGGGUGCCUUGUAGGUGUUCGAUCCCAUGACAGAAGCGCGACGAUCGCUGACCGUCCGGCGAUAUCACAUCACAAACCAGUAAAAUUCUCGGGAAAACACGUCGAGGCGACAAAUAUGGCACUUCGAAGGCCGAAGUCAUUCUCCUUCCUUUUCUUUUCGAUUCGCUUUUUUACGCUUCUAAUCGAUUUGGAUCGGUCAACGCUAUCAAUUUUACACGAAAAAGCUAAUUUUGAGAUUAAUAAAACUAUCUGCUACAUAUGUUGUUACAUUUUUUCUUUUAUUGAUUGCAUGAUUGCUAGAGCGAUAUUGAUUUUUUUUUUUAUUAUCAAACAAAUAUUAAGAUUCGAUUUCGCCGCUCCUGCCGAAAAGGCGCUCGAGGAGAAGCGAGAUGACGGAACAGAGCCUCGUUCAAAAACUAAGAUCGUGAGUUUUCACAGAACUUUUUGGAAAACACUGUGUAUCUCUUCGACUAGAAUUGAUCGGAUUGCAGCUACCCGCCGGCGGUGUUUUUUAUGCUGGGAAAUGAGUUCUGCGAGCGUUUCUCCUUCUAUGGAAUGAAGACCAUCCUCUUCAUCUACUUCAUCACCGAGCACCAGUUUUCCGCGAGGUUUCCUUCCUGGGCCGCUUUGGUUAGCUUUCAACUCCAGCAAAGCCACGUUCAUCUACCACGCCUUCUCAUGUAUUGCCUAUCUGACGCCUCUCAUCGGUUCGCUUCUCGCCGAUUCUGUCUUCGGUCGCUUCAAGGUCCCAAUCGCUUUCAGAGCACAAGACGAGGCCCUCGUUUCGCUUUAAAUCAAUUGUCAUAUAUAUUUGCGAGGUCUCAAGAAUCCACAAAAAUUCUUGUUUUACAAAUCAUGAAACUUAUUGGGGAUAUAGUCUGUGUGCCACGACUUGAAAUUUCACCGAACGACAUUCCGCUGUUCCGCUGCGUGCGCUCGCGAAGCGUCUUUAGAGUCUAGGUCACGUUUUCAGUUGAUUGUUAUUGCUGUGGGAGCACAUGAAAGUAGAAUACCUUAACAUGCCUAUUUCAGGCUUAAUGCCAAACAUUUCAGGCUUAAUGCCAAAAUUUCAGGCUUAAUGCCAAAUAUUUCAGGCUUAAUGCCAAAUUUCAGGCUUAAUGCCAAAUAUUUCAGGCUUAAUGCCAAAAAUUUCAGGCUUAAUGCCAAAUUUUUCGAUUUCAGGCUUAAUGCCAAAUUUUUCUCUUUUUUUUCUGUACAUAUUAUUUUUGUUCUGCCUGUAAAUAAAUAAUAUUAUAUAUAUAACAAAAGAAAAAAAAUAAAUAAAAAAAGCGCGAUGUUCGCAAAGGCGCGCAGCGGCACAACGGAAUGUCGUUUGAAGAAAUUCCAACUCGUGGUACACAGGUUAUAUCACAUAUACUAGAACGACAAAGGAACUAUUCAAAUUGCUAAACACGAAAAAAAAUAGUAUGCAGGAUAGAAGCGAAAAAUCAUAGAGCGGAAAGACGAAAAGGCGGCCUCGUCCUAGCAAAAAUCUGCGAAGUUUCAACUUUCGAAAAGUUCAGGUUAUUCUCUACGGAUCGUCAAUAUACGUUUUCGGACAUGUUUUGCUGUCUGGUGGCGCGAUUCCAUUUCUUGGAUAUGGUGAGCCGAAAGUCUCCGCCAAGAAGAAAGGGACAUGUUUCAGAACUGCGGUCGGUACUCGACUUCUCGGGCCUUUUUGUGAUUGCUUUCGCCACAGGUUGUAUCAAGCCGUGCGUUUCAGCGUUUGCCGCAGAUCAGGUAAGGUUAAUUGGGAGCUGCACGUGAUCUUCGAGGAGUUUUAAGUUCACAGAGGAACAGGCGGACCUCCGGGCGCAGUUCUUCAGCUUCUUCUACUUUGCGAUCAACGGCGGAAGUCUCCUUGCUAUUUUGAUCACUCCAACACUUCGCGGACGAGUUCAAUGUUUCGGCAAUCCCCACUGCUUUCCUCUAGCUUUUGGUAGGUAUUUUAUCGAAGAUUUCUUGGAGUGUGACCCGCACAAAUAUUCGAAGCUUCAGUAAAAGUAAAUUUUGGUUUUAAAAAGUUCUUUUGAACUUGAAACUUCGCCUUGAAAGAAAAAAUCAGGGUGUACAAUUUAAGGAAAUAUCGUUUUUCUUUCAUAUUUGAAAGAGACAAGAACAGACUUGAGGCGUCCCCGGCGUGUUGAUGUUGUUGGCGUUGCUGUUGUUCCUUGGAGGAUGGAACAUGUACAGAAAACAUCCGCCGAGCAAGGAAAACGUCGGUUCCGAAGUCGUGCAAUGCAUCUACACAGGCGCCAAGAGGUCGCUUCUCAAGUGAGAGCAAAAUCGGCAUGAAUUCGGAAAAAGUUCUGAAUGAAAAGUUUAGGAGGUCGAGCGACAAACCUGUGAGCCAUUGGCUGGACAGAGCUGCCCCCGACCAUUCACAGGAGAUGAUCAACGCCGUCAAAGGGUUCUGCGCAGUCGCUCUCAUUUUCUCACCUCUCGUCUUCUUCUGGGCUCUUUUUGAUCAACAGGUAUUUUCAUUUCGUUGUUUGAAAAAAGGAAAACAGAUUCAUUCUAUUACGACGUUUAUUGUGUGCCUGAUUCGCUCUGACGAACUAAGUUUCUGCAAGGAACAUGCCGAGAAACGAACAAAGUUAACACAAAAAAUAAGUUAGAAAUAUCACCUGGUACUGGAGAAAGAUAACAUCAUCUGUAAAAGGUAUUUUCGAAGAAGCUUUUGGCUUAUCGACGGCAUUGCAGGGAUCUACUUGGGUGCAACAAGCACGACGUCUCGACGGCCGCGUCGGAGUCCUCUCGAUCCUCCCUGAGCAGAUCCACGCGCUCAACCCCAUCUGCGUGUUGAUUCUAGUGCCUUUGUUCGAGGGCUGGAUCUAUCCGGCGCUGCGAAAGGUCGUCAGAGUGACGCCGCUGCGGAAGAUGGCUGUCGGCGGACUUCUGACGGCCGCAGCCUUCGCCAUCGCCGGCCUUCUGCAGGUUCACUGAACUGCGUCGUCGGUUCUGAAUGCCUUGCAGUUGAAAGUGAACGAGACGAUGGAAGUGCCGCCGGAGCCUGGCCGGGUCUUCAUCCAACGCAUCGGAAACGAAACUCUCCUCUCCGGCUUCCAUGGAACAGACGGCGUUCUCAUCAACCAAGGCAAGCCAUUUCAACAUUCCGAGAGGAAUGAGGGCCAGUGUCGUAGGAAAUACAGCCUCUUUUGAAAGUUCACGGUUUUAAAGACUAUCAGUAAAAUGCAGGUAUGAAAUUUAGACAAUUUUAAAAACAGUUGCAUAUUUUUUAAACAUUAAUUCCUCUUUUAGGAAGCUUUCUAUUUAUAUUUUUCAAGAGCUCUCCUUUUUGAAUAUUUGAAGUUUCAAUGGAAAUAACUUCACAUUUCUUUGAAAAACGUGAUUUCAACUGAAGACAUCUUCGUGUUGGGUCUACUUUUGUUGUCUGAUUUUUUUCGACUUCGCUAAACUUUUCUUUUUUUUUUUGGAUUUUGACCUUUUCUUCGGUUCCAUAAAUUCAAUGGCCUGAAAAAUAUCAUUUCUGUUACAAUUAGGAUAUUUUAACCCCAAAACGUUGUCUUUUUGAUCGAUCGACGAUUUUUCUGGUCAACUUUGAAAACAUUUUUUUGGCAUUUCUUCAACAUCCAUUUGGCUAAAUUUUACAAAACAUGACUUUUUACAUACACGGGCGCUGAUAUUCUACGUAGAACGGAAAUAUAUGUUUGAAGAAGAUUGACUGAACAGGAGUUCUGCCGUCGGGAAGGACUGAAAUCGACGCCGACGUCUACAAGUUCAACAGCGGAAUCGGCAACGAGCAGAUGACGUUGAAUGCGUCCGUGGCGGGGAAAGGCUACGUGAUGGCCGUCUUUCGCCUGGCCAAUCAGUCGUGAGUCUGACUAGCCUCGACCUGCCGAAACCUCGCCCAGGAACCAACUCACCGUCUUCGACUACAAAGUCGACAAGGCCGACAAUGGAGCCACGCGGAUCUAUGUCGUCACUCCGGCCCAACAACAAGGCAACAUCUUCGCCGUCAAUUACAAGUUGGUUUCUGUUGAAGAAUUGAGAGCUCUUUUGAAAUUCCUCGUGGAAAACUUUCAUUCUCCUCAUUUUUCUAACAAGAAAGUGUGAGCUAAAAAUUCUGUUUCAUAAAUCAAUGCGCCAGGUAUUCCUGGGUCAGAAAAUUUAUCGAAGUUUUCAAUUUUUCGUUCUUCCAACGCAGGCAACUUGAAAACGGCAAAAUUUUGUUCCAAAAAAAGCUAGUUCUGUUCACAUCUUAUCACCUCCUUCUGUAAAAACAAGUCUGAAUUAUUAGAACUUUCUUCAUCAUAAAAAAACUUUGUCAAACAAUGGUAUAAAACUCUAGAAACACGACAGUAGCCCAGUGCUCGUUGACAUCAGGAUCCUUCUUGGACAUCAUCCCAGGAAUUAUCAGCAGACCUGAAAUCCGACUGUACUGGGGCAACAACUGUUCCGCGAUCGAGUGCCCUAACAUGAUUCAACUUUUCGUGAGUUUCCUUGUUCCAGAUACGAUUUUUUCAGUUGCUCAAGUCUUUUUGAUCAGCUUUUAGUCAUUUCCAAAUCAAGGACACAGAUUUGAACCAACUUAACUUCUAGCUCAAAAAAGAAGAUCUGAGUACGAGCUAUAGAAUACAUAUAUAUUGUAUCAACACCUUUAAUAAUACCAAUAUAAAACAGAAAAUUCUGUUUUAGACACAAAUGGGAGCUGUUUUCGUGCUGCACAUCCACGAGAACACGACCGAAGAAGAUUUCAGCCUCUUGGUAGGUCCAGCCAAACGAAGGAAUUAUUUGCGAAUGCGCGAAAAUUGCAGGUUCGACCCAACACAGUGAGCAUCCUGUGGUCCCUGCCGCAGUACAUCAUAAUAACACUGGGAGAAGUGCUGCUGUCGGUGACGGGACUCGAAUUCGCCUACUCUCAGGCAGCACCCAACAUGAAGAGCGUCCUCACGGUCAGUCGAAACCUCCGGAAACGGAUGGGACGGUUUUGCAGGCACUCUGGCUUCUGACUGUUUUCGCUGGCAACCUCAUCGACAUGAUGAUCUCUGGGACACACCUCAUCCCCCAGCCAGAACUCGAGUUCUUCUUCUACUCUGUACUCAUGUUCUUGGUUAUGGGUGUCUUCAUCGUUCUCUGUUAGUUCAGAUAAUUGAGAGGGAGACGAAACCAAUGUUUCAGCCUUACAAUACACCUACAGCGAAGACCGCAACCCAGAGAUCGAGGAGGAAAUGCAAAAACACGCUCCGCCCAUCGUCCCAAACGUUCCGCCGCCCGUUCUCAUGAACGACUCGACGUGUUGA